AGUAGGAAAGAUAAAAACGUUAGUUUGGAUUUGAUUAAUGUGGUGUAAACAGUGAAAAAGGACAACUAGUGGUGCUCAUUUAGGCUAAUUUUGGAUAUCUAGUCUGCAAGAUGAGUGGAAAAGUAGUUUGCAAAGACAGGGGACUUGCAGCUCAAGAUCCAAGGGAGGAAAUCGUAAUUUCCGGUAUUGCUGGAAGAUUUCCAGAUUCUGAUAAUGUUAAACAUUUUAAGGAAAAUUUAUUCAACAAAGUCGAUCUUAUCUCAGACGACGAUCGUCGAUGGAAAUUAGAUCAUCCCGAAAUUCCCCAACGCACUGGAAAAGUAAACAAUGUCGGAAAAUUUGAUUCCGUCUUCUUUGGGGUCCACUUCAAGCAAGCACAUACUAUGGAUCCCAUGUGUCGAAUGCUUUUGGAACACACCUACGAAGCAAUUAUUGAUGCUGGAGUGAACCCACGUCAUCUCCGAGGCACCAGGACAGGCGUUUUUAUUGGGGCCUGUUUCUCAGAAUCAGAAAAGACUUGGUUUUAUGAAAAACUUCAGGUAAAUGGUUUCGGUAUAACAGGAUGCAGUCGAGCUAUGCUUGCAAAUCGAAUUUCUUACUGGCUGGGAAUUACAGGCCCCAGUUACACUGUCGACUCAGCCUGUAGCUCCAGUUUAUUUGCCAUGGAACAUGCCUACAGAGCAAUUCGUGAUGGACUAUGUGAUGCUGCCAUUGUCGGGGGUGCCAAUCUUUGUCUUCACCCCUAUGUAUCCCUCCAAUUUUCACGUCUUGGUGUUUUGUCACCUGACGGUCGUUGCAAGUCCUUCGACGCAGACGCGAACGGAUACACCCGUAGCGAGGCUAUUUCCAUAGUUUAUCUUCAAAAAGCCAAAGACGCCAAAAGAGUAUACGCAACCUUUGUCUACGCAAAAACAAACUGCGAUGGUUACAAAGAACAGGGAAUCACCUUCCCAUCCAGUGUCAUGCAGGGCGUUCUCCUUCAAGAAUUUUAUCAAGAUUGUGGUCUCCCUCCGACGAUUCUGGAUUACGUCGAAGCUCACGGAACUGGUACAAAAGUAGGAGAUCCUGAAGAAGUAAACGCUCUGGAUAAAGUUUUCUGCACUGGACGUAAAACUCCCUUGAGGAUUGGGUCCAUUAAGUCCAAUAUGGGUCACUCUGAGCCCGCGAGUGGUAUUUGUUCUGUCGCAAAGGUGGUUAUAGCGAUGGAGACUGGCCAAAUACCUCCGAAUUUGCAUUACAAACGACCAAGAGAAGGUGUCAAGGCUUUGGAAGAUGGACGCAUCCAGGUCAUUAGUGAAUUGACACCCUGGAAUGGUGGCUAUGCUGGUAUCAACUCCUUUGGUUUCGGGGGAGCGAAUGCCCACGUUUUGCUGAAGUCCAAUACAAAGGAGAAGAUCAACGGUGGAGCACCCAAGGAUGACUUACCAAGGCUUGUUGCUGUUUCUGGACGUACUGAAGAGGCAGUCCUCUCAAUCCUAGGCGAUAUUGAGAGCCAUCCAGUAGAUGUGGAACAAGUCAAACUUCUGCAUGAUAUUCAUAGCGAAGACAUUCCAAAUCAUUUGUACAGAGGCUACACGAUUGUUGGUGGUCGGGAGGCUGGAAAUCGUCCGAUUAAGGAAGUCCAGCAUUAUCCGGAAACCAAAAAACCAGUGUGGUUCGUUUUCUCUGGAAUGGGUUCUCAGUGGCCUGGCAUGGGGGAGGCACUCUUGCUAUUACCAGUCUUCGCAGAAGCUGUACGUAAAUGUGACACUAUUCUUAAACCACGUGGUGUUGACAUUUAUGAUAUUCUGACCAACAAGGAUCCAAAGACGUUAGAUAGCAUCCUUAACGCCUUUGUUGGAAUUGCGGCUGUUCAGAUCGGAUUAGUCGACCUUCUAGCUUCUGUUGGUAUUACUCCGGACCACAUAAUUGGUCACUCCGUUGGUGAACUUGGUUGUGCCUAUGCUGAUGGAUGCUUUACCGCAGAGCAAAUGAUUCUGUCAGCUUAUUUUCGUGGUCUGGCUUCCAUUGAGACCAAGACAGUCAAAGGAUCUAUGGCAGCAAUUGGUCUCGGGUACGAGGAACUGAAGGAUCUCUGUCCUCCCGACAUUCAGGUCGCUUGCCACAAUUCAAUAGACAGCGCCACUAUCAGCGGCCCAGCUGAAUCCAUGAAGACUUUCGUCUCGCAGUUGCAGGCAAACAAUAUCUUCGCCAAGGAAGUUCCAUGCAGCAACAUUCCCUACCAUAGUAAAUAUAUCGCCCCUGCUGGACCAAAACUGUUAGCCUACUUGCAGAAGGUCAUUCCAAAUCCAAAAGCACGCAGUAAUAAAUGGCUCAGCACAUCAGUGCCACGAAGCGAAUGGAAUUCACCUGCAGCCCGUUUGUCUUCUGCAGAGUACCAUACCAACAACCUCCUGAGUGCCGUCCUCUUCGAAGAAACUAGUGCUGCAAUUCCUAAAGAUGCAGUCACCAUCGAAAUUGCACCACAUGGUUUGCUGCAAGCAAUUCUUCGAAGGUCACUAGACCCGGCUGUUAUCAAUGUAACUCUAACCAAACGGGGUCAUAGAGAAAACAUAGAGAUCUUCCUGCAAGGUCUUGGAAAGCUUUACAAUGUUGGUUUGCAGCCAAAAUUGGAUAAGCUCUAUCCCGUUGUUGAGUAUCCAGUCAGUCGUGGAACACCUAUGCUUUCCCCUCUCGUCAAGUGGGAGCAUUCUGAUGACUGGUACGUUACGUCUUAUCGUAUGCAAGAGAAAAUCGUCUCUGGAGAGAGAGUAGUCGAGGUUACUCUAGGCGAUGAAGACUUUGAGUACAUGGCUGGCCACGUAAUAGACGGAAGGAAUCUUUUCCCCGCGACUGGAUAUCUGGCGCUUAUUUGGGAAACUGUUGGAAUGAUGAGAGGAGAACUGUAUACUGAAGUCUCAGUAGUCUUUGAAGAUGUUAAGUUCAUGAGAGCUACGACCAUUCCGAAGGAGGGCAGUAUUGAGUUGACUCUUAUGGUGCAGAAAGGUUCUGGUAGAUUUGAAGUAGUUGAAGGUGGAGCGGCAGUUGUCACAGGAUUUAUCCGAGCCACCCAAAGUCCAGGAGACGAAAGAUUGAGUCCUGCACUAACACCUAAACUCGAUGAUAAAGAAGAAAUGCAGGCCAGAGAUGUCUACAAAGAACUUAGACUUCGUGGCUACCACUACAGCGGAUUGUUUCGAAGCAUUAAGAGCGCUUCAACCAAGGGAAAUAAGGGUCGUAUCGCUUGGGCUAAUAAUUGGGUCGCCUUCAUGGAUAACAUGUUGCAGAUGCAGAUUCUAGGAUCUGAUACGAGAGGACUUUUCGUUCCAACUGGAAUUCAGAAACUGGUUAUUGAUACCAAAGUACAUCUAAACCAGAUUCGUGCGUUGGAUGAAGAAAAUAAGGAAUUCCCUGUUUACGUCUACAAAGACUUCACAGCUAUAAUUGCCGGAGGAGUCGAAAUCAGAGGUUUGAGGGCAAGCGCCAUAGCCAGAAGGAAGCCUGCAGGAGAGCCAGUUCUGGAAGAAUACAAAUUUUUGGCUCAUCGGGAUCGAGCUGAGACAUCGCUACGAGCAGCUGUUCGUCUAUCAACGCACAUUGCUCUCGAAAAUCAGUUGGGAAUUAAGGUAAAGUCCGUGGAGUUACUUGACGAGGAAAACGUCACCGUAGAUGACCUAGUGUCUCCUCUAAUUUUGGAAACUCUUGGAGAUAUGCCUCUUAUUCAAGCAGACGUAAAUCUUGGAACUUCCAAAGUUUUCGAAGAAGGUGAGCUCCCAGCAAACGUUGCAGUCAGCGAAGCGAAAAAGUCAAUCACUGCUGAUACCAACGCCUUGAUUGCGGUUGGACAUCAACUCCUAACGAAGAAUAAAACCGAAGAAUUGAGCCAACUACUCUUUGCCUUGAAAGAUGGAGGCUUCUUGGUCAGUUGCGAAUCAAGCGAUACACAGAUUCCGGAUUCCGUUAAAAACGGCGACGCUGAUGUGGUGCUAGAAAAAAAAACCGAAAAGGGAGUGCUAGUCUUACUUCGUAAGAGGGACAGGCUGAUGAAACAUACAGCGGUGAUCAAAGUGAACAAUAAGGAAUUUUCCUGGGUUGAGGAGAUGAAGAAGACUUUGAAAGCUGAAGCUGAUAAGGACUUCAGUGGAAACUCAAGGAUUAUUAUCUUAGGAGAAGGUGAUUUCGAGACCGGACUUGUAGGUUUGGUCAAUUGUUUGACCAAAGAACCAGGUGGUGAAAUCGUCAGAGGUGUUUUAAUUCAAGAUCCGAAGGCUCCUGCAUUCUCACUUGACAAUCCGCUCUACUCGAAACAACUGAAGAUGGAUUUGACGAUCAAUGUAUUGCGAGCUGGAAACUCUUGGGGUUCUUACAGGCAUUUGGUACUACCUCCACUGCAACUGAAGCCUGUGGAACACAUAUGGGUGAAUCAGAUGGUUCGAGGAGACUUGAAUUCCCUAGCAUGGCUCGAAGGACCUAUUAAACCUAAUUUUAGUGACGAAAACCUCGUCAAAGUUAUCUAUUCGCCAAUUAACUUUCGUGAUGUUAUGUUGACGACCGGUAAACUGGCUGUCGAAGUAAUUGCAAAAACGAGACAACUUCAAGAAUGUGUAAUUGGUUUCGAAUAUUGUGGAAUCGAUGGUAAAGGUCGUCGUGUUAUGGGAAUGUUGAACACCAGAUGUGUAACGAAUCUCUGCAUAGCAGAGAGAAAUCUCUGUUGGGAGAUCCCAGAAAGCUGGUCCCUAGAAGAGGCAGCUACCAUUCCUUGUGUCUAUGGAACGUGUGUCUAUGCGCUAUACUUCAGCGGAAAAAUGAAGAAGGGCGACGUAGUUUUGAUCCACGCUGGAACUGGUGGUGUUGGUCAAGCGGCCAUAAAUCUCGCGCUUUUCGAAGGCUGCGAAAUUUUCACCACUGUUGGUACACCUGAAAAACGAAAAUUCAUCAGAGACACCUUCCCUCAAAUUCCUGAUGAUCACAUCGGCAAUUCUCGUGACACGAGCUUCGAGCAGAUGAUUCUUCGCAAAACUGAUGGACGCGGUGUUGAUAUUGUCCUCAACUCCCUGGCUGAAGAAAAACUACAGGCUUCAGUGCGCUGUUUGGCUCGUGGCGGUCGUUUCCUCGAAAUCGGAAAGUUCGAUCUUGCAGCCAACAAUCCACUAGGUAUGGAGGCUUUCUUGAAGGAAAUCAGCUUUCACGGCAUUAUGUUGGACAAUCUCUUCAUGGCACCUGAUGAAAAGAAGAUCGAGUUGAACCGCUCUCUUGACAAAUACAUAAAGAGUGGAGCUGUUAAACCGCUGACGAGAACUGUAUUCCCUAAAGAUCAAGUGGAAGCUGCAUUCAGAUACAUGGCAGCUGGAAAGCAUGUCGGUAAAGUCAUGAUAAACGUUCGUGAUAAGGACGAGCCACUGGAAGCAUUAACUCCUGCUUUGCCAAGAUAUCACUGCCUGGAAGGUCACAGUUACGUUCUUCUUGGAGGUCUUGGAGGUUUCGGUUUGGAACUUGCGGAUUGGUUGGUUCUGCGAGGAGCACAGAAUCUGGUACUCACUUCUCGUACAGGAAUCAAGACUGGAUACCAACGUAUGAGGGUACAACUGUGGGAGAGUUACGGUGUGAAAGUCAACAUCGUCGCUGGAAAAGAUGCUUCAAAACGGGAGGACUGUGAGUUCGUUCUUAAAACUGCAACCCAACUGGGACCAGUUGAUGGAAUUUUUAAUCUCGCUGUGGUCCUGAAGGACAGUCUUUGGGAGAACCAAACUGAAGAAACCUUUGAGGAAUCCUUCAGAUCAAAAGCUUGGAGCACAAAACAGUUGGACGAACUUUCUAGGAAGAUCUGUCCGAAGUUGCGUCAUUUCGUUGUCUUCUCGUCAGUCUCGUGUGGUCGUGGUAAUGCUGGUCAAACCAAUUAUGGAAUGUCAAACUCUGUAAUGGAGAGGAUUUGCGAGAGACGUGCUAAUGAAGGUCUUCCAGCAUUGGCUGUACAAUGGGGAGCUGUGGGAGAUGUUGGUCUUGUAGCUGAAAUGCAAGAAGAUCAUAAGGAACUGGUUAUUGGUGGAACCUUGCAGCAAACUAUAUUAUCUUGUUUGAAAGAGCUCGACGGUUUCCUGCAACAGGACAAACCCAUUGUUUCCAGUAUGGUUGUUGCUGAGAAGCGAGCUGGAGGUGCUGGAGCUACGAACAUCGUCGAUGCUGUUCUUAACAUUAUGGGUCUGAAGGACUUGAAGACUGUGAGUCAGCAAACGUCCUUGGCUGAAUUAGGUAUGGACUCUAUGAUGGCUGUCGAGAUAAAGCAAACUUUAGAACGUGAAUUCGAAGUCUUCCUGACGGCUCAAGACAUUCGAGGUCUCAACUUUGCUAAGCUCGUCCAAAUGGCAACUCAGGAUGCGGAAUCCGAGAAGAAACUCGCUGGCAAAGGAAAAGAUGAAGAAAUUAUUGGUGGCAUGCGACUCUUGCUACGUGUUUUGGGAACUACUGAUCUGAGUCUAGAGGAAUGUUUGAAGUUGCCUUCGAAGAACGAACCAGGCAGAAACGAAGUCUUCCUGAUUCCUGGAAUAGAAGGUUACGGAUCCGUAUUCAAACCUUUGGCUGAGAAGCUCAAGUCUCCAGCCACUUGUCUGCAACUGGUAACGAGUGAAAAGUUAGAGCUUUCAGUUGCAGAAAUGGCACAGCAGCUUCUGCCUCACGUAUUGACCAAAUCAAAAGACCGCAAUUUCCUUCUUGUUGGUUACUCCUUUGGAAGUCUUGUUACACUUGAACUCGCCAGGUUUUUGGAAGCUGAAGGUUUCACGGGCAGAAUAGUACUCAUUGAUGGAGCGCCAGAAUUAUUGAAAGACAUCAAAAAUCAACAACUACCUUCCAACAACAAUGCAGAACUUCAGACGAACUUCCUAUUGGGUGUGAUGGAUAUGGUGGCACCAACUAUGAGCGGCGAGCUUCUUGUCGAACUAGAGAAGUGUGCAACUUGGUCCCAAAAACUUGAUGUAUUAAUUUCCCACGUACCUCCAGGAUUACUGAAGAUGUCAGAUGAACAUCAAAAAGCCAUUUGUACUGCUGUUUACCACAGGCUAUUGGCAGUCCAAGCAUACAAUUAUGCCGCUUUGCCACCCAUUAGGUCCCCAAUUACUCUUCUUAAGCCAACACAAGCUGCAUACCGUGCAACCUCAGAAGAUUAUGGUCUCCGAAAGAUGACACGGGAAAAAGUAGAGAUAUAUACCGUAGAAGGAAAUCACGUUACGAUAUUAGAACAUAGCAAAGUAGCUGCAGCUAUCAACGGGGAACCUCUCGAGGAUGCAGAGACUUUCAAGGCAACCAUUAUGGACGAAUCAAGUACCAUCAGAUCAUCGAUAGCCAGUGCUAAACAUAAACGAUCUUAAAUAAACGGGUUUUCAAAGAGCUUCAUGUUUAAUAGAAUUAUUCCAUCUGUACGAUAAAAAUCUUAAUUUGCGGACCGCGCGUUCUAUUUCGAGCGACUUUAUGGUAUUUUCAUUGAAAAAAGUUUAAUUUAAUUAAUUAAAACAAUUUUUACUUAGACUCAAAAAUUAACGGGUUCAACGUUAAGGUGCUUUCAUGUGAAUCCCAUAUUCAUUUAUUUUUUAAUUCACUCAUGGUAUAACGAUAUAAUAUUGCACUCAAUAUAAAAGAUAGUUUAAAAGAAUGUAGGCCGAGAAUUUUCAGCGACAAUUAAUAUUUCUUAUCAUUUGAACUGUUCGAAUCAUGGUCUCGUUUUUAUGCGCUCAUAAGCUCAGCCAAUACCAUGCCGGUAUCGUUCUCCUUGUGUGCAAAUUCUUCAUUUGAAUUAAAAUAAGGUUUAUCGCGGCUUAAGUGAAUGUUUAACUGCUUUUGAUCACUCUCAGUUAUUCGAACACAUUAAAUAGUACGAUAGUCCAUAUUUACAAAAAGCGUGAUAAAAUUGUCCCUUGCCCUUCGCACAAAAUACACGAGUUACAAUUCAUAACUUAUACAUGUAGAUACAAUACAAAUCUUUAGAAAUAAAGACAAUUCUCAUUAA